GUUCGGACAUCUAAGCGUGGCACACAUCUUGCUGGAGAAUGGUGCUGAUCUCAAUGCACAGAAUAAGUUAGGAGCCAGUGUCCUCACAAUGGCCUCCAGAGGUGGCCAUGUCAGCAUGGUGAAAUUAUUACUGGAAUCUGGAGCUUUUGUAGACAAUUAUGACCAUUUUAGUACAAGUGUACUUAACAGUAGCAGAGACGACCUUCCCGAUAUCACUCCACUAAUGGCAGCUGCUCAGCAUGGACAUGAGGCAGUUGUACACCUGUUAUUAGACUGGGGAGCUGAUUGCAAUUACACUGUGAAGACUAUGGGCUGGAGUCCUUUAAUGCUGGCAGCUGUUAGUGGAAAGGUGAGCUUGGCACAGCAGCUCAUGGAGAAAGGUGCCAAUCCUGAUCACCUGAAUGUACUACAUAAAACACCUUUUGAAAUCUCUGUUGGCUUCAAACACAAAGACAUGAAGGACUACCUGGAAUCUCUCACAACGAUCAGACCCCAGGCAGAUACAGAAAAGAAGCAACCUGAUGUCUUUCAUGCUUUGAAAUUGGGAAACUUUCAGCUGGUUAAAGAGAUCAUUGAUGAAGACCCAAGUCAGGUCAAUAUUACCAAUGUUGACGGCGCGUCUCCGUUAAUGAUUGCAGCUGUAACCGGACAACUGCCCCUUAUUCAGCUCCUUGUUGAGAAAAAUGCUGAUAUUGACAAACAGGAUAAUGUUCAUGGCUGGACAGCACUAAUGCAGGCCACAUACCAUGGAAACAAAAACGUUGUAAAGUAUUUAUUAAAUCAAGGAGCUGACGUCAAUCUUCGUGCAAAAAAUGGAUACACAGCUUUUGACCUGAUAAUGCUGCUGAAUGAUCCAGACACAGAGCUUGUACGGUUACUGGCAUCAGCAUGCAUGCAAGUAGACAAAGAUAAGAAUAAACUGAACAACAGAUCAUCUUUGCCUUGUUCCAGAAGUAGGCAAUCCUUAAAUGUCCCAAUGUUGCCAGAUGACAAAGGAGGUCUAAAGUCCUGGUGGAGCAGGAUGUCAAAUCGAUUCCGCAAGCUGAAGUUGACUCAGACAUUGCGCCAUGGAUUUCCUUCCAAUCAGUUUGUGCCUUUUCCUGAUGAGCCUGAACCAUCAUUAAAUUCCACCAUAAAAGCAGUUUCACAGAGUGAUACAGACACCUCUGGAAACCUUGAUGCUGCUACAGCUUGGAUCACAAAUAACAAAGCUAAUGGUGUAAAUGCUGCAAAAGGAGGAAAGGAUGAUGAAUUAUUGACAACCAUGUUGAGAAGUAGUGCACCAUUUACCAGGCUGCCCAGUGAUAAACUGAAAGCAGUGAUACCACCUUUCUUACCACCCUCAAGUUUUGAACUUUGGAAUUCUGACCGAACACGACUUGGCAAAGAUGGCAAAGCUGAACAGAUGAGAACUGCCUGGCCACAGAGAGUGAUCAAGCAUGAUUUUAGCAGCAGUGGGAACUCUGAUAUA